CGCCAUAUAUUCAUGUAACAGGGUAUCCCGUUUGCCAACCCCGCCUCUAUACAGAGUCCUCCACCGGAACCUACUUUAUACCUACUUUAUACCUACUUUAUGUAGUAUCAGGAGGUUAUUGUGAUUACUUUGUAAAUCAGAAGCUGGAGAGAUCCAUCUAUUUCUCUCAUAUAAAGCAAAGUAGUUAGGCAAAUUUGUUAUCAUAAAAACAGCAUACAAUGGCGCCUCGCACAGACUUCCCGCCUGUAAGAGCAUGUCUUUUCGACAUGGACGGGUUACUUCUUGACACAGAGGAUCUCUACACACUCUGCAUAAACCUGGUGCUCGAGAAGUACGGCCGUGCCUCGCUUCCCUGGUCUAUCAAGGCUAAGCUGCAAGGUCGGCCUGCGCCGGAAGCGAAUGCUCUGUUCCAUGACUGGGCUAAGCUUCCCAUAUCUGAGGCUCAGUACCUUACCGAGUUCUCCGCCUUACAGCAGCAGCACUUCCCAACCGCGAAGCCAUUGCCCGGCGUGGAGAAGCUGCUGGGUGACUUGGGAAGAACGCGGUGGUGGGACCUGAAGGACGAGGCCGGCGCAAAGAACGCGGAGAAGGGAGGGAGUCACGGCAAUAAGCCACAGAGAGUCCACAUUGCGUUGGCGACAAGCAGCACGCGCACCAAUUUCACUGUCAAGACCUCAAGAUGGAUCGAACUGUUCUCCGUAUUUGAAUCGCAUCGAAGGGUCUUAGGUGACGACAGCCGCAUCCAACCUGGCCGUGGCAAGCCCCUCCCGGAUAUAUACUUACUUGCAUUAAAAACUAUCAACGAUAGUCUCGAGGAGGGUGAGAAGCCAAUUACACCCGAAGAGUGUUUGGUCUUCGAAGACAGCGUCCCUGGGGUUGAGGCUGGACGACGUGCAGGCAUGAGGGUAAUUUGGUGUCCUCACCCGAUGCUGAAGAAAGAGUACGAGGGCAAAGAACCAGAGAUCCUUGCUGGACGUAUGGGCGAGGCUGGUGAAAUCGAUGAGCACCAACUAGGAGAGCUCCACGAUGGAUGGGCCGAUUAUUUACUCAGUUUGACAGAUUUCCCAUACGAGAAAUAUGGAAUAAUAGUUCCGCCUGCCGAGGCAGAAUUAGACAUCGCCAUGAAGGAGAAUACUGGCGAACUUGUUACUCAGGAUGUCAAAAGCUCGGCUUAAUAGACGUUGAAAGAUUCCAUGAGAGAGUAUUGUUAUGAGUGUAUAGUCUCAUCAGUCAUAACUCUUACAUCUUCCCUGGUCAUCGGUUACCGGCUACACAAGGGAUAAACUACCUAGAUACUCUAGACCUAGAUUAGAUUAUUUCGUAGAUUCUGUAU